AUGUUUUGGCAGUUUUUCCACAAAGAAAUUAGAGUAAAAAAAAUUCUCGACCUAGACAUUAGUCAGAACGAUAUAUCGAUGGAUUUGUUACUUCAACUUCUUAUUCAACCUUUUUUACACUUUCAAAUACUUUUCGCUCCUGUUAAAUUGUUCUUCCUAAAGCCAUACGCAAGCCUAAACCAGCUCAGUGGGUGCUACCAUUCACAGAACAUAAAACCUCAUAAAACACAUUCAAUGAGCAUGAGGGAGCAAAUGUUACUGAAGACGGUUUCAUUGGCUGUGUAA